AUCUGGCCUUCCUAUUGACUUCAUAUUUCACACGCAAGGAGCAAUGCACACAAAACUCCUUUCUGAGUAUUUCAUCUCAUCCAGCACAAGAAGUAAGAGGAAAUAAAACACAAACAGCCAAACUAGUUCUUGGAAGAACGUGAACAUGAUGUGUGCCCUUCCAUCUGGUCACCAUUUGAAUUUUUUAAUACCUGUGACACUGAGUCACCUGGUCCUAUCAGGAAACAGAACAGCUAUAAAUCAUGCUCCAGUGAAGAGCUCCAGCCACUUCUACAACCACCUACAGAAGGACAGACGACACUUCCAAUCUUCCUGGAAGCAAAAGAGAUGAUUCUGCCAGCAGUAUUCCUGUGCCUUGCAGCUGUGCUGUGUCCAUCUGCUGGAGAGGACCUCAGCUAUGUUCCUCUACCUUUAUUCACAGCCCCAUCCUCUCAAAAGAUACCUGAACCUUCCCUUGCUCUGUCAACCAACAGAACCGAUCAACAAACGUUGAUUGUUGACAAACACAAUGACCUCAGGAGAAGAGUCAGCCCACCUGCCAGUAACAUGUUGAAAAUGGAAUGGAGUCCUCAGGCUGCAGUUAAUGCUCAGAACUGGGCAAAUCAAUGUUCUUUAAGUCACAGCCCACCAAACCGGAGGGAAACUGAUGUACCAUGUGGAGAAAACCUCUACAUGUCAACUGCCCCUUCCUCGUGGUCAAAUGCCAUUCAGGCUUGGUAUGAUGAGGAAAAGGAUUUCAAAUACGGAACUGGAGCAACAAGUGCAAAUGCUAUGACUGGCCAUUACACUCAGUUAGUUUGGCACAAUUCUUACCAAGUUGGAUGUGCAGUUGCCCAUUGUCCUGAAAGGCAAUUCAAGUACUUUUAUGUGUGCCAUUACUGCCCUCCAGGGAAUAUAAUGGGUUCAAUUGAAACACCCUACAAAGAAGGACAACCCUGUGGUGACUGCCCUGAUGCUUGUGACAACGGAUUAUGCACCAAUCCUUGCAAGUUUCGUGAUGUUUACUCCAACUGUCCUGAAAUGGCGAAGAGUUAUGGAUGUGACCAUAACUUCAUCAAGACAAACUGCCCUGCCUCCUGCAGAUGCCAAAAUGAAAUAAAAUGAUCAACUCUUCCCUUCGCAGACAUCCAUCUCCUUUAAUGAUUUCUUUCACAAAAACAGAUUUACCCUAUGAGUUUACCCUACCUUUCCCAUGUAUGCACGAAGACUGAACUCUAUCCAGUGAUACUCAUAAGGAAGAUCUGAAUGUCAGUGCUUGUAUUUUAUUCACUUAAUGCUGUGGAAGUGAAGUGGAGGUGUUAAGUGAAAUUUGGCAUUUGGGUAUUGGACAUACACAGCGAUCAGCUUCUCACACCUUUCUUUUCCCAAACUUGUUGUCUAAGGAGUUAAACGUCUAACUAAUUAAAUGUCUGUUCCAGAAAGUUCCAUAUGUUUCAUAUGUUCUUAGUGUAGUAAUGUAACUAAUCUUAACAUGACAAACUUUGCAAACCAUGGUACUGUUAAUUUGACAAGAUGGUAAAUGAGAUUGUAAAAAAUAAUGUAAUUCUCAAAAAUAAAAAUAAAACUUAGGAGAGCAGAGAAUUUCCAGUAGCCCUGUAGUACUGCUCUGUGUUAUAAUCUGUGUCUUUUGCUGACCUGCAUUCAACUG